AUGUCGGCCACUGGUACUUUUAGGGGAACGCCCAAUAAAACCAUCGGGAGAGGAAGGCUGCCCGAUUUUGACAACGCUUCCUCGAGUAGCUCCCACAUCCCCCGACCCCGACCAGAAUCCGCCGCCGCUCACUCUUCUGCUGCCCACACCCCGUCCAGCGACGUCGGAGGUGGCACCAUGAGCGCCGCAAGUAGUCGACAAAGACAAAACCAGUCGAAGCGUGAUGAGGCUAUCCGCCGCAAACUGGAGGCCGACCUCAACAAAAAGAGGCAUCACCCGACAAAAGCACGGAACUCCCGAAAAGCCCCUCCGGGCACAGUGCUCGCCCUCAAGCCUAGCCAGGCUCUUCAGAUCAAGCCCGCCCUCAGCAUCGCCGAAGCCUCCCAGUUGAUGGCCGCCAAAAGAGAGGACUGCGUGCUGGUUACCGAUGACAAUGACCGGAUUGCUGGUAUCUUUACGGCAAAGGAUCUGGCGUUCCGUGUGAUCGGAAUGGGCCUGAAGGCGCGAGAGGUCUCUGUCGCCGAGAUCAUGACCAAGAACCCACUGUGCGCGAGAACGGACACAAGUGCUACGGACGCCCUCGAUCUGAUGGUUCGGAAAGGAUUCCGGCAUCUGCCGGUCAUGGACGAAAACCAGGAUAUCUCUGGUGUGCUCGAUAUCACCAAGUGCUUCUAUGAUGCGAUGGAGAAGUUAGAGCGCGCCUACAGCUCGUCUCGCAAGCUGUAUGAUGCUCUCGAGGGUGUCCAGACGGAGCUUGGCUCAAGCCAACCCCAACAGGUUAUUCAGUACGUGGAGGCCCUGCGACAAAAGAUGUCGGGACCGACCCUCGAGACCGUUCUGGAUGGAAUGCCACCGGUGACUGUUUCCGUCCGAACUUCUGUCAAGGACGCUGCUGCGAUCAUGAAGGAGCACCACACCACUGCCCUGCUUGUGCAAGAUCAGGGCUCCAUCACGGGUAUCUUUACCAGCAAGGAUAUUGUCCUUCGUGUCAUCGCUCCUGGCCUCGACCCUGCUACUUGCAGCGUUGUCCGUGUCAUGACUCCCCACCCCGACUUUGCUCCAUCAGACAUGAGCAUUCAAGCUGCGCUUCGCAAGAUGCACGAUGGUCAUUACCUCAACCUGCCCGUCAUGAACGAGUCUGGUGAAAUCGUCGGCAUGGUAGAUGUGCUGAAACUCACCUAUGCCACCCUCGAACAGUCUCAGAUCAACACCAUGCAAACCCACGAUGACGAGGGCCCCGCAUGGAACAAGUUUUGGUUGUCGAUGGACCAUGAGUCAGACUCGAUGGUUUCUGGCAGCCAGCAGCCGCAUACCCCCCACCGCUCAGCAGUCAUGAGCCCCGACCUCACCCGCUCAGGCUACGAUAAUAGUGUUCUUCCGAACGAAUCUGCAUCACACCACGGCGAUGGGCAUUCUGAGGUCGUUUCUCAGCACCAUGAGGAGCACCACAACGAGCAAGCGCCCUUCCCCUUCAAGUUCAAGGCUCCGAGUGGCCGAGUGCAUCGCGUGAAUGUACUUGCCUCUGCAGGUGUUACCGAUCUCGUCUCACAGGUCACGGCCAAGCUCGGGAACGAGCUUGAGGCGGUGGGCGGCGAGUCUGUUGUCGAGGAAGGCCGCCUCAGUAACACUGGCUACGCUCUCAGCUACAUGGACAACGAAGGAGACACCGUCUCCAUCACCACCGAUCAGGACUUGACAGAUGCCAUCAAUCUGGCCCGCCGCACCCGCCGAGACAAGGUCGAUCUCUUUGUUCACGACCCUGCCCAGCCUCCCAUUCCUGCCACUGUCGAACCCCAGCCAGCAAAGCCUGUGACCCCUCCCACAGAACACAGUGCCGAUGACCAUCCUGAGGAGGAAGCUCUCUUGAACAAGCCCCACCCCCAGAAUGCUUUCCCGUCGCACUCUCCGGAGGAGCAGUUGAUCUCGGGUGUUCCUAACGACCUCCUUCUCCCCGGUGCUAUUGUGACAUUGGCCGCCGUCAUUGCAGGCGUGUUCAUUCUCAGCCGUCCCAGUGGUCGGUAA